AUGGUGGUCAAUGCGGCUCAGUUGGCCUCGUAUUCGCAGGCGAAGCAGAUGCUCCUCUCUACGGCCUACUUCAACGACAACAUUGCCUGUCACUUCUGGGCGUCGAUGAUCUCGGGGCUGAUCACGACGGCGGCGUCGAUGCCGGUCGAUAUUGCCAAAACGCGCAUUCAGAACAUGAAGACGAUUGAUGGAAAGCCAGAGUACAAGGGCGCGUUUGACGUCCUCGGUAAGGUCAUCCGAAAUGAGGGUCUCUUUGCGCUGUGGAAGGGCUUCACGCCGUACUACGCCCGUCUGGGGCCGCACACCGUGCUCACCUUCAUCUUCCUCGAGCAGAUGAACAAGUCCUAUCGGCUGUACGUGCUCAAAGAUAGCAGCGGCGGCGGUGGACUGUAA